AAAUUAAAUUAGAGAUAUGGGUGUUGUGAGCACAAUAAUGGGAAUGAUUGGUUUUGGGAUGGGUUUUUCAGCUGGGCUUGUGGCUGGAUAUUUCUUGUUAAUCUAUGUUCUACCAAAUGAUGUUAAGGAUCCCCAAGUCCGUCCAUUAGUCGAGCAAUCAUCCGAGUUUCUCCAAACUCUGCUUCCAGAAAUACCACUUUGGAUUAAAAAUCCAGACUAUGACAGACUAGAUUGGUUGAACAAAUUCAUUGAGUGUAUGUGGCCUUAUUUAGAUAAGGCCAUAUGCAAGACAGUUAAGCAAAUCGCGGAGCCUAUCAUAGCUGAGCAAAUUCCUCAGUACAAAAUCGACAGUGUGGAAUUCGAACAGCUUACUUUGGGUGGCCUGCCUCCGACUUUUCAAGGAAUGAAGGUGUACACCACUGAGGAAAAGGAACUGAUGAUGGAGCUAGGCUUGAAGUGGGCAGGUACGCCUAACAUACUCGUUGCUGUCAAGGCGUUCGGGCUGAAAGCCACUGCGCAGGUUAUCGACUUUCAAGUUUUUGCUUCUCCGCGCAUCACCAUGAAGCCUCUAGUCCCAACCUUUCCUUGCUUCGCGAAUAUAUUCGUUUCUCUGAUGGAGAAGCCUCAUGUCGACUUUGGAGUGAAGCUUUUCGGUGCUGAUGCAAUGUCCAUCCCCGGUGCGUAUAGAAUGGUGCAGGAAAUCAUCAAAGAUCAAGUUGCAAACAUGUAUUUAUGGCCUAAGAGGCUUGAAGUUCAAAUAAUGGAUCCAAUGAAAGCAAUGCAGAGGCCAGUUGGUAUGGUGCACGUGAACGUUAUCCGAGCAAUGAAUCUUAAGAAGAAGGAUCUCUUAGGCUCUGCUGAUCCGUACGUGAAGUUAGCUCUACACGAUGACAAGAUGCAGUCGAAGCAGACAUCUGUGAAGAAGAACAACUUGAACCCCGAAUGGAACGAGGAGUUCAGCCUCGUUGUCAAGGACCCUCAAGCUCAAGACUUGGUGAUCACGUUGUACGACUGGGAAAAGGUUGGAUCGCAUGAAAAGAUGGGGUUGAAUGUAGUUCACUUGAAGGACCUAACUCCUGAGGAGCCAAAGCUCGUAACUCUCGACGUGCUUAAGAAUCUCAAUCCGGACGACCCUCAGAAUGAGAAGGCGCGGGGACAUCUUGUAGUCGAGGUCAAUUACAAACCUUUUGGUGAACAGGAACUGGCUAGCUGCAAUAUUGCUAUAGGCGAAGUCGAGAAGGCUCCUCAGGGAACUCCCGAGGGUGGUGGCGUGCUUGUUGUUAUCGUGCACGAAGCUGAGGAUUUGGAAGGCAAGAACCAUAACAAUCCGUCCGCACGCCUACACUUUCGUGGGGAGAUGAGAAAAACUAAGAGACUGAGAAAAAACAGAGAUCCGAGGUGGGAAGAGGAGUUUCAGUUCGUACUGGAAGAGCCGCCUAGCAACGAAAGAAUCCAUAUUGAAGUAACCAGCUCUUCGAAGAGAAUGGGAGGCUUUCGAUACCCCAAGGAAACACUUGGAUACGCGGAUAUAAACCUAGCAGACGUCGUCAGCAACAAGAGGAUCAACGAGAGGUACCACCUUAUCGACUCAAGGAAUGGCCGGAUUCAGGUUGAGAUGCAGUGGCGAACCGCGACAUAGAUGCUCUUGGCUGUUUUGCUUGAUAGUUGAUGAUCCGAGUAAGUAUGAAUUGAUGGAAUUGGUUUGAAUGAGGUCAUAGAUAUUGUUUAUGCUGCAAUAGUUUUUCUUCUAGUUUAGAUAAAUAUGGAGAUGUGAAUUAGGUUGCUGAUCUAAGUUCUAUAGAUUUAUCCUACACCAUUAGGAAAUGUAGUCUAAGACAUGGUGUAUAAUAUAUUGACAUGAUAUUUGUUUAUUAUUUUCAAUAAUAGGAGUUUGA